AUGAGGACGCUGGCAUUGGUGGAGGGAAGGAGCAGGAGUAGCGGCAGCAGCCCAGGGCCAAGGAGUGGUGCCGUUGUUGGCCCCACUGGGCCUGGCAAGCCCGUGCCCACCGAGGCCCGGGCGCUCCCCGUAGACAUUCCGCUAUCCCCACCCCUUCGGCUCGAAGUUGAAAUGACAAAGGGGCGGGGUCUCCUAGGAGCUUCCCACCCUCGCUCUCCUAUUGGUCAGAAUGGAAGCGAAUUCUCGCCCCAGAGGAGGGAGGGACGUGACGCGAAGAGCGAGCGCAGCCCUGAUUGGCUGAGCCGGGCGCAGACCCGGCCGCCCCGCUCGCGGAGGCGGACCGUGAACACGAACCGGGCACGAACCGGACCGGACCGGACCCCGAGCCGGCCACGAAGCGGCCCGGACCCCGAGCCGGCCACGAAGCGGCCCGGACCCCGGGCCGGCCGGGGCGGGAUGGCGGCGGGCGGCCUGGGCCUGGGCCUGGGCCUGGGGCCGGGCUCGGGCUCGAGCUGGACGGCCGUGAUCCGGCGGCUACUGCGGCAGUUCAGCUCCUCCCAGAGGCCAGGGUCCUCAGGGUUUCAGUGCCUCCCACUGGUGGUAGAAGGCCAGCAGGUGGGCCUGGUGGUCCCAGCUGUUGCCCGGGAAUUGCGAUCCUUUCCCGAUGUGUUCGUGGAGGUGGCAGAGGGCCUGGAGGUCCGAGGGGGUCAUUGCCCCGAGGAGCGCACAGAGGCAGUGGCGGGGGUCCUGGCCCAGCUGCGGGCCCAGGGCCGCCUGGCAAGGCUGUCGAAGUGGCGAGAUGAGGUAUAUGAGGUGCGGCCCAGUUUUGGAGCCCCAGCCUUAUUUAACGUGGAGCGAGCAGCGGCCCCCUUGCUGGGAGUCCUCCAGUUUGGGGUGCAUCUCAAUGCCUUCGUGUACCAUCAAGACGAUGGGGCUGGGUCCCGGCAGAUGCUCAUGUGGCUGGCCAGGCGGUCCCUUCACAAGGCCACCUACCCAGGCCUGCUGGACAACCUGGCAGCCGGAGGCAUAAGUGCUGGGCUAGGUGUCAAGGAAACCCUGGUGAAGGAGAGCUGGGAGGAGGCCCGGGUGCCCCCCGAGCUGGUGGCGCAGGCCCAGCCAGUGGGCUGUGUCAGCUACACUUAUGAGGAGAUGGAUGGGGAAGAGUUUGGGGCUGUGGUUCGAGAGUGCCUGUUUACCUUUGACCUAGAAAUGCCUGAAGACUUCACCCCCCGAGUGGGAGAUGGGGAAGCACAAGAAUUCUACCUCUGGCCCCUGGACAAGGUCAGGGAAGCUGUGAAUUCUGGCAAAUUCAAGCCCAAUUGUGCCCUGGUGGUGGUGGACUUCCUGCUCAGACAUGGCCUGCUGCAUCCAGACCAGGAGCCCCUGUACCCAGAGCUCACGGCGGUGAUGCACCAGACCCUGUGAGCCAUGCCCAGGACACCAGCAGGUGGCAGGACCAGGGAAGAGGGAAAAGAGCCCAGAGCUGGGGCGCUUCUGCCCUUUUUCAGAAAGGGGGCAAGGGUGGCAGCUUCCCAAUGAAAGACAUGAGAGAGUCGAGGCAGAACUGGGCUCAGAAGGGUCUUCCCGGAUUCAGGUAUCUGUCCUUGGACAUACAGGAAUCCAAAAAAGGGGGGCAGCUAGAUGGCGCAGUGGAUAGAGCCCCAGCCCUGGAUUCAGGAAGACCUGAAUUCAAAUCUGG